GCAUCGCACGCACGGGGCGGCCCUUCAAUUAAACAUCUUAGCGACUACCCGCCAACCUACUAACGACAAAUCUCUAUAUCCGACAACUUGCCAAACGGACUCUCCAAAGCCAUCCCCGACCCUGCCAACUCCGCCCCCGCCCAUUUUAAAACUUCGUUAAAACCCCCGCCUCAUCUCCUGCCCUUCUCGCAGACAAUGGCUUCCAUCGAAUCCUUCGAAGAAGAAUCCAAUCCGGUCUACGACGCCGACUACGACCCCCGGAGCGGCUUCUGCCGCCGCUCCAGCAUCUACCGCUCCCUCCACCGACUCGGCCCCCGCCACCGGAUCCCCGCUGACCUUGCCCUCGAUGCCGCCACCUUCGUCCUCUCCCUCUUCCCCUCUCCCGGCAUCGCUGACGAUAAGCCUGCCUUCAUCGACUCUGUCACCGGACGCUGUCUCACCUUCUCUCAUGUCCGCUGCUCUGCCCUCUCCCUCGCUGCCGCCCUCCACCAUGGCCUCGGUCUCCGCCGUGGCGACGUCGUCCUUGUUCUAUCUCCCAACUCAGUGCUUUAUCCUGCCAUCAUCCUCGGCGUCCUUGCUGCUGGCGCGGUCAUCACCACCGCCAAUCCCCUCAACACCGCCGCCGAGGUCGCUCGCCAGGCCCGUGACUCCGGCGCCGUGUUUGCCAUCGUGGCACCGGAGGAGGCCCACAAGGCCGCCGCUGCUGACAUCCCCAUCCUCCUCACCACCCGCUCCCCAGACUCCGACGGGCCCCUCUCGGCGGAGGAGCUUAUGGAGGAUGGCGACCCAAUGGCAGCCCCGCAUCCAGAGACUGCCCAAUCCGAUGUGGCGGCAGUGCUCUACUCGUCGGGGACGACAGGACCGAGCAAAGGGGUGGUGCUGACGCACGGCAACCUCAUCGCGAUCACUGCCAUGGUGCGAUGGGUGGCGGAGGCAAGCGUGCCGGCGAGGGACAGUGUUGAUGUGUACCUGGGAUUCGUCCCGAUGUCCCACAUAUAUGGCCUGGCAUUCUUUGCGCUAGGGCUGCCAGCGGCAGGGGCGACCACUGUAGUGAUGCCGCGGUUCGAGCUUGGGGCAGCGAUGGCAGCGGUGGCAGCACACGGGGUGACCAACAUCCCUGCAGUGCCGCCUGUGGUGUCGGCAAUAGCCCGAUACAGUGGCAGUGGAUCAGGGUACGACAUGUCGGGGCUGAGGAGGGUGGGGACGGGUGCAGCGGCACUGGGUGCGGCAGCGGGGAGGGAGUUCCGGAGGAAGUUUCCUUGGGUGGAGUUGAGGGAGGGGUACGGGCUGACGGAGAGCGGCGGGGCUGCUACAUUUGCAGUGGCAGCGAAAGCAGGAGCGGUGGGGAGGCUGCUGCCGGGGAUGGAAGCAAAGGUGGUAGGGCCUGCGGCAGAGGAGCUGGGACCUGGGAUGAGGGGGGAGCUGUGGCUGAGGGGGCCCACCGUGAUGAAGGGAUACCUGGGGAACGAGGAGGCCACGGCGGAGGCUCUGGUCGGAGACGGGUGGCUGAGGACGGGGGAUCUGGUGUACGUCGACCAGGAUGGGUACUUGUACGUCGUAGAUCGGCUAAAGGAGCUCAUCAAGCACAACGGUUACCAGGUUGCUCCUGCAGAGUUGGAAGCCCUGUUGCUCACACAUACUCAUAUAGUUGACGCUGCAGUAGUCCCGCUGGAAGAUGAGGAAACAGGGCAAGUACCUAUGGCUUAUGUGGUCAAAUCACCUCAAAGUGGACUUACAACCGAUGGAGUCAUUCAAUUCAUUGCUUCUCAGGUGGCUCCCUAUAAGAAGAUCAGAAAGGUUGCCUUCAUAGAAAGUAUCCCAAGGUCAGCAGCCGGAAAGAUAUUAAGGAAGCAAUUGGUGGCUCAAAACCAACAGGCCAUCACUUCGAAAUUGUAGCAUCUUCCUUCUUCAUACAAGUCCCUCCAGCAGCAGCAGUAUGUGC